GAAGAAUCGCAGCUUUGCAGGCAAAAACCAGGAAUGCUGAAGCUGCUAAACAUGGAGUGUGGCCUCCUUUGCGGAAUAAACCGUUUGUUCGCUGAUGUGUCCGGUCAGUGAGUCAGUAAAAGCAAAAGGUUUGGUUUCUACUUUUGUUUUUUUAAUCGUUUGCGUUGAUACACACAUCUGCAAUGAUGCGGGCUGAGGACUGGAGCAGGACCGCUGCGAUUGUACUCUGCCUUUUGGGAUACCUUGUCUCCAAAGCUGUCACCAAAACGUUACCGGAGGACACCGUGACAGAAGAGGUGACUCUGAAGGUUCACCUGAGCGAUGCCAGCACUCACCAGCCCCUGGGAGGAGCCACCAUACAGCUCUUCGCCAACCACACAUCUGUAACCACGGAAACCUCAUCGGCUGAUGGCAACACCUACCUGCGCUUCCCUUACCGCCUUGGGACACCACUGGUCGUCACCGCAACCAAGCAGGGAUAUGUGCCAAACUCUGUGCCCUGGACUCCCUCCAGAUUACCUGUAUUUUCCUCCAUCAGCCUGGUCCUGCUACCAGAAAGAGCUGCUACGCUGAUGGUGUAUGAAGAUAUCGUGGAGAUUGUGUCAGGCUUACAAGGUUUCAGACGACAGCCCAGUGUUCAUUUCCAGCGCAGAGCUCUGAGUCUCCCUUCCAACACUUCCUAUGCCAACCUGACUGCUCUGCUCACCGUUGCCAGCUCGCCCUCACACAUCCAGCACUUUCCCCACCUGCAGGUCCUCGGCGGCAACGGCACAGGCACUGAGAAGAAGUUUGAGUUGACUCCUGUAGCAGCCAUCUCUGUUCAUCUAUUGGCCAGCGACGGUGCAGAGCUGCAGGUGAAUGAGCCAAUCACGGUGUCCGUUCCACUGCCGGCUGACAGCGGCCUGAAGGAAAAUGAUCACAUCCCUGCUUGGAGAUUUGACCCGCGCUUGGGCGCCUGGAUAAAGAGCAGUUGGGGUCAUGUGCAGAUGGAGGGCAACCAGCUCAGUCUGACCUACAUUGCUCCUCAGCUGGGAUACUGGGUGGCCGCCAUGUCCCCACUACACUCAGGUCCAGUGGUUGCGAAGGAUAUCAGCACAUACCACACUGUGUUUCUGUUGGCCAUACUGGGAGGCAUGGCUCUCAUCCUGCUCUGCCUGCUCUGCCUCCUGUUGUACUACUGCAGGCGUCGUUGUCUGAAGCCUCGAGGGUCUCACCGUAAGCUCACAUUGUCCUCCGGUCUGGACAGCAGUAAGAGGGACCAAGCCACCUCCAUGUCCCACCUGAACCUCAUCAACAACGAGGUGCAGCUGGAACUUGUUUCCACAGCAACUGAGCCUGACAUGACCACACCGAUGCUGAAGCCUUCGUCAUAUGAGCACCAAGACAAUCAGCGUCAACACAGCCUAAUCCAUCACAGCAAACACAGCCGCUCCUCUCUCGGCAACAACAGCCACCACGGCUCAUCUCUUGGCAAUCUGACGCCUCGCAGCAGAGACUAUCGGCAGUCUGUGGAGACGUUCCAAUUAAAGGCUACUCUUUCAUCCGGAACAGACCGGGGCUACCGUCAAUCAUACACCUCAGUCUGCUCAUCCAGCAACCACAUUUCAGAUGCACUGUCAUCAGCCAAUCAUGGUCAGAUGUCAGCUAACCAGCUGAGCAGUGUUGGGAUUGUUGAUUGCAUUUCCCCUUCCUCUCCUCCUCACUCCCCCAGUAGAGGGGAGGGAAGCGAAUGCAGGGUUCCCGACUACCUUCUGUCCCGCUCUGUGGACCACCUGGAGCGCCCUAGUCCCCCGUCACUCUCCCGGCCGGGCCAGCUGCUCUGCUGUGGAUCUGUGGACCUGCUGAGUGGGGGAGAAGGCUACCCAAGGGUGCGCCCCACACUGGUGAUCCCAGCACACUACAUGCGCCUGCCCGGGGAGCACCCUCUUUCUGGUCAGGCCCUCCUGCUGCAGACUGACCAACAGAGUGACCUGGAGACCAUCCAGGCUGAGCUCAAUGCCUCCCAUUCCCAGCAGCCCCUGGGGCAAACCCCUACAGACUGCUCCCCAGGUCCCACCAAGCAGAGUGAUGCAGAGGGGCUCGGCCUGUCAGAGUCUCUGUCUAUUCCUGCAGCUCUUGGGGAAACAGGUUUAGUGGAAAUAAACAGUGAGGACACCUUGUUGGCUGAAAAGACUUUAAUGGAGCUCAGAGGAGGGAAGCCUCUUCCUCACCCACGAGCCUGGUUUGUCUCGCUGGAUGGACGCUCUAACGCUCACAUUCGCCACUCCUACAUCGACCUCCAGCGGGCAGGGUGCCAAAGUAACACACCAGGUGCAGGAGGUCAGCAAGGUAAUGGCAGCGGCGGGAGGCAUGGCAAUGGCAACGAUGCCAGUCUGGACUCUGGCGUGGACCUGAAUGAGCCGAGAGUCGGGCGCAGGGGGAGAGACGCAGAGCGGGAAGAAAGAGAAAUUGAGAAAGACAGGUCAAAGGGCACAACAUCAGCCAUGGCCUACACUCAGCUGGUGUAUGUGGAUGAUCUGGAUCGGGGAGGCAGUGAGGAGGAGGAGGCCAAGCGCAGCCCUCAGGACAGCAAAACAGGACCCAUCCUGUCAGACAAAGCAGAGGAUCAGGGGCAGGGGGAUCUUGAGGGGAAAAGAGUAGAGGGGGUACGAAUACAAGAGGAACCCCCGUCACUUUCUUCUUCAUCCCCUGCCUCUCCUCCUCCCCUGCCGACACCAGAAGGAGUGACUUUCAGGACUGAUCAUGCGCUACUGUCAGUCUCUCCAGAUGACGAUGCAGCACAGGAGGACGCAGAGGAGGAGAAGAAGAGUCCCUGGCAGAGGAGAGAGGAGCGACCCCUGCUGGCCUUCAACCUGAAAUGAUCCACAGACGGACCCUUAAAGGAUAGGUUCACAUUUUUUAAGUUCUUAAUAUAAUACCAAUUUCCCAUAUGUGCAUUGAAAGUGCUUCUAGUUGCUGUAAUUGUUCCUCCUGUCCAUACUGGCCCUGAAGAAAUCUCUGCAAAAAUGUAUUUUAUUUUUUUUUUAUUUUAGCAUUUUAUUAUUCGCAAUAUGAAACUACUGUUUCAAGUCGCAUGUGAAUCAAAAACAAAAAGUAGAGUAAUAAAAACAAAUAACUAAAAUCCUAUCUAAUGACUAAAAGUAAAAACCAGGACCAUACUCUAAAUAUAUUCAAUUUCAAACUGUGAGGAAGGCAGGGAACAUUUGAAAGGGAAGCGCAGAGGGAGAGACGUGAGGCAAAGAUACUGCAUUAGAUAAAUAAGUAAAAUAUUUCCUCCUUCUCACAAGCAUGAUACAAAUACUUAACACUUCCCAUUAACAUUGUCGCUGAUGUCCAUCACGAAAAACAUCCUUCUUGUAGGUCCAGAACUUGCCACAGAAUCAUCAAGUUUUAAAAUUCUCUUCAGUCUCAAACUAAUCCAGUGAUAAUUGUCUGUAAAUCCGUGGGUAGAUGGCAAAAAAGAAGCAGUAAUCGCUUUAGGAGGGAAUCUCUUCAAGACCACUAUGGACAGGAGAAACUGUUUAAUUGUACAUAUGGGUAUGUCAGAUUUGUUUUGAGAUAGACUUAGAGAAAAUGUGAACCUACCCUUUAACCACGACUCCCCCUCUGCCCAGAUCAUAACGUGAAGGAUGUGACCAUUUAAAUCGAAGCCCUUUGUUCUUAAUAUAGCACUGAGAAAAUAUUUCAGCACUGGGGAUCCCUUCUAGUCCUGAACGUGAGGGGAUGGCUCAAAACCUUCAUGAACUUCCAGCUCCCCUUCAUCAAAUGACCACUGUCCACUUUGUCAUCCUCACGACACACUACACAAACAGACCACUCAUCAGGCAUGGUGUACACAUCAUGAGGGAGACAAAUAGACUUUGGUGGCAAGAAAUGAGAAUAUUUUAUGCACAACAAAUAUAUGCCUUUUGUAUAAAUAGCCUUGUGAGUGUAAAUGAACUGUAGUAGAAACAGAUGAUGGGUGGUUCUCACAAAUGAAAGACUACAGGAACCUUUUUUUCUUGAGCCAUAUUGGCCUCAAUCAACUGGCAAAAGCCGGGAACACACUACACUCACUGAAAGCAAGAUUUUAACACAAAUUUAGCCAUUCUGACUGAUUUUUGAAGACUGUGGAGCAGCUUUUCACAAUUGGUUUGGAAAUUAAAAGUCUUUUGAUGUGUUCCUGGGUUUAGAGAGAGCAGUACGACAGGUGUUGUUGGAUGCACUUGCACAACAAUCACCGAUAUAAACAUGUAAAUCCUGUACUUUGAAUGGUUUGGAGUAUCUUGCUAGAACUUAAUCUAGCUCAUCAGAAAGCUGAAAGCUGUAUGGGUGUUUACAUGAACUCCACAGGGGGGUGAAGUUUGUCGACUGAAGAAAUGAAACCACUAUCCGCUCUACAGCGUAAUCAGAUAAUGUGACACACCACUAUGCUGGUGGGUAAGGAUAUAGUACCACUACGAAACUGUAGUUCUACCCAAAAUUGUGAGGUGUAAUAAUAUGAAGGGUUUUGUAAUUGUUGAACCACUGACCGGCAUAUUUUUGCUCUGAAGGCUAUGCAUCACUUUUAUAUGUCUGCUUGAGAUGCCUUUUUUUGUAAUUUUAAUCACUAUAAUUUUAAUUGCCAACAUGAAGUAUUUUAUCUGAAAAUAGGCUCUUUUGUUUUUGUUUUAUCUUCAAAUAUGUUAAGGGCUUUUAUUCUUCACCCGCCUUAUUGUUAGAGCUACAAUAACAAACACGCAUUCUAGUACACACCUUUUACCUGAAACCAAACUGUUUGUGCUUGCUGUUUAACCUUAAUCUUUACCAUUUCCAGAUGUUCCAAGUGCCUUUGAACAAUCUGACUCUACAACAAAUUUGUGGAACAGAUUACCUUAUUUAUUUCUCACCUUCUUUUGCCUUCAGCUUUCCUCUUCUACCUCAGCCCUCCCUUUCUCUCCCACAUGUGAAAGAAAGCAUGCAGUAAACUUUCCUCAGCACUACAAGCUACACUGCAGACAUGUCAGAAAAUGUCUACCAGCUGCUGCAAUCGUAAAAUCCUCUACAGCAAUCGACAAGGCACCAACCUCUUAGAGUAAGCAGUUAAGGAAUUGCAGAAGUUUUCAGUGUAGCACAGGAUACAUAAAGCUAAGUGCGAUUGUAUGUGAAGCUAAACUGCAGGUCAUUUCAGUGCAUUUUCUUUAUUUUUGUAUUUUUUGAGGGUGAAUGUUUAUCUCAAAUGGCUUAUGUGCACCUGGGUGGUGGUAGUGUCCAUAUGCGACGCUGCUGGCUGUGAGUUUGUGUUGUCAGACUGUGUCCACGUGAGAGUGCUGAGAAAUAAUCAACAUACAUCCACUCAAGGAUCAUUUAGUCAUAGCAAUCACAUUAUGGAGUGUGUAUAGUUCUUUCCUUUCCUCUACCUGGUCAAAAUGUUGUGUGAGUUGGUGUUGUGAAUGACCGCUUCUCUCUUAGUAUCCCACAGCAACCUCUACUUGGAGGGUGGAGUUACAGUACAGCACCCUGAUUGUGUAAAUUGGUUGCUUGCAUUAUAUUUGAAGCCUAUUAUUCUGAAUAAACAGCCAAACUGGAA